AUGUUUAAUAAUUCUUAUCGACAAUCUAUUAAACUCUCCAACAAUGACAGAAAUAUUGAAAUAAUCUCAGGAUGUUGCAGUACGAAUUCAAAGAAACAUUUAGGAUAUAAAAGGUGUUAUGAAACAAGUGAUGGCUCGAACAGGCACGAAGAAGCAGUAAUAAAAAAGGAAGCCGGCAAUACAAAUGAAGCAUUAGUAGUUCAAGGAUCGUAUUCGUAUGUUGGUACUGAUGGCGUGGUUUAUAAAAUCAUUGAUAACGGAGAAACUCAUAGCGAUCCUGUGAUUACUCAUGGAGGUAUAGGAGAAUAUUUUAUUGAGAUAACCAUCAAACCUGUGCUUUUGGAACAUUUAAACUACAACAUUCAAGUUUAUACGCAACCGUAA